CGCGUCAUCAGCCUGCGCCCGCGUAGGGAGCCGCUCCAUGCCGGCCGCUGUGACGCUAUGUAGAACAUAGAGUUGAUGGCGGUCUCUCACCUGUGACAUAUUCCAGACCCGCUUCCCCAAGUUACCGCCUGUGGAGAUGGCCAGCAUCACCCAGCUGUUUAAUGAACUGUGUGAGGCCCACCUGGGGCACGUGCCUUGGAAGGCCCACCCUGGCAGGCGUGCUGCCAGCAUGCAGAGGGCCAAGCAGGGCCUGAAAAGGGCGGUCUACGACUGCCUUCUCACGGACCUCUUUCAGGACGAGGGCCACAAGCCGCCGUCGGCUGGGUCCCAGCUUCCUUUGAAGAACAGAAUUCUCAUGGUGUCCUUCAGCUUACGGGUCGGAGGCCUGGGUCGUGAUGCCGAUAGGCUGGAGGAGCUGGUGGAGGGCCUGGAGGCGGCCCCCGCCCGCGGCCUGCUGCUGGCCGACGUCCGGGCCGUGCUGGACCUCCUGGUGCGCCUGGCUGGGAGCGGCCCGCCCACGCUCCUCCCUCAGAAGAGAGACUAUUUCCUGAACAACAAGUACGUGGGCAGGAACGUCAAGCAUCAGGGCUAUGAUUACUACGACGUGAGUGUGUUUGAGGCUGACGCGCGCUUCCUGAUCGCCAGCGAAGAGCAGCGGUGCCAGGACAUGAUUCAGCAGACGCUGCGGGUGAUGGAGGCUGCGCCAGGCACCGGCCUGCCCUCCAUCGGGCUGUUUGCACAGAACUACCCCGGCGUGGACAGGUUCGAGAGAGAGACCCACAGCUCGCUUUUUGGGGCCCUGGUGCACAGCCGCACCUACGACAUGGACGUCAAGCUGGACCUGCCGCCCGUUCCAGACAACGCCGACUUGUCGGGCCUCGCCAUCCAAGUUCCUCACAGCAUCGAUCAGUCGGAAGAUGAAGGGUUCCAGUCAGCCUCGAAUCUGACGCCCGACUCCCAGUCGGAGCCCAGCAUGACCCCGGACGUUGACCUCUGGGAUGCCGUGCUCACCUACGAGCCCAGCAAGCGCAGAUGUUGGGAGAGAAUUGGCUGCCCACCUGGGAAUAAAGAGGAGCCGUACCUCACGGAGGCCGGGAGGGAAGCCUUCGACAUGUUUUACCGCCUCCGGGAAGGGGAGCUGCAGGUUCUGCACGGCGGCCUGCUCCAGCUGCCGCCCCUGUUCCUGAUGAAGGAGAGGGAUCUGGUCAAGGACGUCCUGAACGUCCUCAUCGGGGUCGUAUCAGCCACCUUUUCCCUCAGUCAGGCCAGCCAGGUGUUUGAGGUGAAGCAGGGCGUCUACGUGUCAGGAACGUCUCCACAGAACAUGAGCAGCCUUCUGUCCGAGGUGGCCGAGCACGGCACACACUACACCCGCCUCAGCCACUUCUCCCUCCAGUCAGUUCUGGAUUCCUCCUACAGCAAAGGCCUCGUGUUCCAGGCUUUUACAAGUGGCCUACGGAAGUACCUGCAGUAUUACCGAGCGUGUGUCCUCUCCACGCCGCCCACAUUGAGCCUGCUGACCAUCAGCUUUCUCUUCAAGAAGUUGGGGCGCCAGUUAAGGUAUCUGGCCGAGCUCUGUGGCGUGGGCACUGCCGUUCCUGGGCUCAGCGAGGGAGGGACUGGGUCCUCCUUCCCGACCGGAGUGAAGCUGCUGUCCUACCUAUACCAGGAGGCCCUGGAUAACUGCAGCAACGAGCAUUAUCCUGUCCUGCUGUCGCUGUUGAAGGCCAGCUGCGAGCCGUACACUAGGUUUAUCCACGACUGGGUGUACAGUGGCGUGUUCCGCGAUGUCUAUGGCGAGUUCAUGAUCCAAGUGAAUGAAGAGUAUCUCAGCUGCCGUGAUAAGUUUUAUUGGACGCACGGCUACGUGCUCAUUUCCAAGGAAGUGGAGGACUGUGUGCCCGUGUUCCUGAAGCACGUUGCCAACGACGUCUACGUCUGCGGGAAGACCAUCAACCUUCUGAAGCUGUGCUGUCCCCGGCAUUAUAUCUGUUGGUCCGACAUCCCUGUGCCCCGCAUCUCAGUCAUCUUCUCCUUGGAGGAGCUGAAGGAGAUCAAGAAGGACUGUGCCGUGUAUGUAGGGCGCAUGGAGAGGCUGGCCCGCCAUAGCGCCGUGAGCAAGGAGGAGAAGAAAUUGCGGAUGGAGAUUGCCAAGCAAGAACUAAUUGUCCACGCCCGGGACACGGCCUCCCGGGUGUUGAAGGCCUUGAAUGAUCGACACAUGUCUGAAAGGAUGGCGUUGGAUGCCAAGAAGCGAGAGCAGUUCCAGAAACUAAAAGAGCAGUUUCUGAAGGAUCAGGAGCGCCGCCUGGCUGCCAAGCAGGAGGAGACUGAUGAUGAAUUCAGCUAUGCCCGUGAGCUGCGCGAGAGAGAGAAGAGACUGAGAGGGCUGGAGGAGGAAUUGGCGCGCCAGGCAAGGCAGGACCUAAUUGACCAUUACAGCAAGCUGUCUGAGGAGGCUGCUCGCCGCUCGCAGCGUGCUCUCUGGAAGAUACAGAGGCAUAAGCUGGAGACGGCCCGUCUGAACUUUCUCUUGGAAGACCAGAAACGCAUGCAGGAGAUGCUUCAAAAUGUCUCUGAAGGAAAGUACAGGGAGAAACUUGACAUCCUCCCCAGUGUCCAUCGCCCUGCACAAGCGGGUGCCCCUGGAGGAGAGCCUGGGGUCCAGGCAAGGCAGCGCUCAGAGAGCAGCGGUGAACAAGGAGACUCCGAAGGGUCUUCAGAGGGUGUGUGGGGGCCGCUGCCCUCAGUGGGUGCCCAGCCAUCAGAGCAGAUGGAGCCCGAGGGGGCCGGCGCAUACGGCCACACCUUGGAGCCAAGGACAGAGGAAAAGCCGGAGCAGAUGGACAGGGCCGCGCCUCUCCCCGGGUCCAGCCUGGACAUGAGUGAUUUCCUGCCCAGGCCUCUGCCUGAGGAGCUGCCCGCUGCCUCUGGCCCCCCAGCCUUGCUGGAAGCAGCGCUGCAGACCAUCUCCUUGGACCUGCCCCCCAUAGCACACGGUGGGGCCACGGAGCAAGAAGGCGGCCAGCCGCAGCAGCCGCUGUACGACUUCACCACCAUUCUCCGCCCUGCGGCCGCAGCCGCAACCCCCGCUCCCUCUCAAGAGUUCGCGGCACCCAGGGACACAUGCCACAGGCCCCGCUGGAGCCUUCAUGGCCACGCCUCGGACUCCAGCAUCCAACUAGGAGAGCCCAUCCCUGAGCCCGAAGCCCCAGAGCCACGUCCCAGCACCACAAGCAGCCGGGCCCGGUGGAACGUCCACGGCCACGUCUCUGCCUCCCACAUCAAAAUGGGCUCGUAUGCCGCUGACGUGGAGCCGCCUCUGCCCCGAGGGAGCGCCCACGGUCACGUGUCGGACAGCAGCAUCCCUGUUGGGGCCUACGUGUCGGAAGUGAUCUCUUCUCGGCCCCGCUGGAACCUACACGGACACGCCUCGCAGUCCCACAUGAAGUUGGGUGACCUCACCCUGGAGGCUGAAGUCCCCCGGCCACGGGGCAGCGCCUUUGGCCACGCCUCGCAGUCCAGCCUUCAGCUGGGCCAGAGUGAGCCUCCCCCUCCCCGCAAGCCUCUCUCCAGGCACAUGAUCCCCAUGGCUGCCACCUCCACCAUGCAGUGGUUUCUGUACAACAGGGAGCUGGGCUGCUCGGGUCCAGACCAGCCUCCUCAGGGGCGUGGGCUGUCCCCGCCCCUUUCCUCAUCAGGCCGGGAAGAGCCAGGCCAGGAGCUCGUCCCAAAGAAGACAGACGAACCGGAGGAGAGGCCGGCUGUUGGGCCAGGGGAGAGGCCUGUCGGGCCGGGGGAGAGGCCAAGGCCAGUCGGGCCAAGGCAGAGGUCGGCUGUCAGUUCAGCUGUGACAAGCGACGAGAGCGAGGACCUGUCCCCAAACCAGCCUCCUGGGCCUCAGGUGGAAGCGAAAAACCCAACCGCAGCCCCUGGGCCUGAGGAGGCAAAGGACGGAGCCGGAGACUGUGCCCGAGAACAGGCCUACUUGAAAGCCUUGUCCGAGCAGUACUGCCUCGAGAAAUACCAAGACAGCUACAGCCUGAUGUCUGACCCUCCCGUGUCCCACCUCAUGCGCCACGUCAUCCCCAGACCCUUCUCCUUCCCGGUGGACCCCCGCUGGCCGUUGGCGAGUGACGAGACCUCCGUGCAGCUGAGCGAGCUCCUGACCCUGCCCGUGCUCAUGAAGCACUCCAUCACUGCCCCUCUGGUUUCUCACGUGUCCCUGGUGAACAAGGCUGUCGUCGAUUACUACUUUGUGGAGCUCGGCCUAGAAAAGCACUUUGAGGCCUUGAGGCACUUUUUACUCAUGGAAGACGGGGAGUUUGCUCAGUCUCUCAGCGACCUGCUCUUUGAGAAGUUGGGCUCGGGGCAGAGCCCCGGCGAGUUCCUGAACCCCCUGGUGCUCAACUCCUUCCUCACCAAAGCCCUGCAGUACAGCCUGCACGGGGACACAAAGCUCGCGGCUAACCUCUCCUUCGCCCUCAAGUACCUGCCAGAAGCACUCAGCGCCAACGCCCCCGACGCCCUGAGCUGCCUUGAGCUGCGGUACAAGGUUGACUGGCCCCUCAACAUUGUCAUCACGGAAAGCUGCUUGAACAAAUACAACAAGGUCUUCUCCUUCCUGCUGCAGCUGAAGCACAUGAUGUGGACCCUGAAGGACGUGUGCUUCCACCUCAAGCGCACAGCGCUAGUGAACCGCGCAGCUGGCUCGGUCCAGUUCCGCCAGCUCCAGCUCUUUAAGCACGAGAUGCAGCAUUUCGUGAAGGUGAUCCAGGGCUACAUUGCCAAUCAGAUCCUGCACGUCACGUGGCGCGAGUUUGGGGACAAGCUGGCGGCUGUGAGCAACCUCGAGGAGAUCCACCGCACUCAUGCCGAGUACCUCAACAAAGCCAUCUUCAGGGGGCUGCUGACAGAAAAGGCUGCCCCUGUGAUGAACGUCAUCCACAGCAUCUUCAGCCUCAUCCUGAAGUUCCGUACUCAGCUCAUCUCCCAGGCCUGGACCUACGAUGGCAGCCGGCAGGGGGCCGUGCACCCCAACUUUGCCCUCAUGCAGCAAUCCUACAGCACCUUCAAGUACUACUCUCACUUUCUUUUCAAAGUGGUCACCAAGCUGGUGAACCGAGGUUACCAGCCCCAUCUGGAAGACUUCCUCCUGCGAAUUAAUUUCAACAACUACUACAGAGACACAUGAGCCGUGGCCCCAGCAAGGACUGCUGUGAGAGAGUGCACUUUCCCUUCUCUGUAAAUAGCCCCCACAUAAAUAAAGGGCCCUGCGCUCUGUCCUGGGGAGCCGCUCUCCCACCCCGCCCAGGCAGGAGCAGGCCAGCAGUCAGUAA